GCAGAGGAAACACGUGGUUCUGUAACCGGGACAAUCGUCCUCUGAGAAAGCUCAACUUUUGUUUCAGAAUGGGCAGUGUGUUGGCUGCCAGUGCUCCGAGCCCACCGCUAACCGCGCCUGGCGGAGCGGGCUUGGUGUCAGUGCCACCGGGAUUCACAAUGCCAUCCGUGGCACCGGUCUCUAUCACCGGCAGCCAGAACGAAGAGCCUCCCCUUCCAAAUCCCGGAGCCUUUGAGGAGUUCCAUCGCAAAUGUAAAGAGGUUUUUCCUAUGCCAAUGGAAGGUGUUAGACUAAUGUUGAACAAGGGCUUAAGCAACCAUUUUCAGGUGAACCACACAGUUUUGCUAAGCACUGUGGGAGAUUCCAGUUACAGAUUUGGAGCUACAUAUGUGGGAACCAACCAGACAGACCAAGCUGAGGCCUUUCCUGUCAUUGUUGGUGACAUGGACAACACGGGAAGUCUAAACGCUCAGAUUAUCUAUCAGGUCACAGAGAGUGUGCGCUCCAAACUUGCCUUCCAGACACAGCAGCAGAAGUUCGUUAGCUGGCAAGGAGAUGCAGAAUAUAAAGGGGAAAAUUUCACUGCUGCAGUGACCUUUGGCAACCCAGAUGUGCUGGUGGGGUCCGGAAUUGUUGUUGCUCAUUAUCUUCAGUCUGUCACUCCAUCAUUGGCAUUAGGGGGAGAGCUGGUGUACCACCGUCGGCCUGGAGAGGAGGGCACGGUCAUGUCUCUUGCCGGCAGAUAUACAGGUAGCAACUGCGUCGCCACAUUGACAAUAGGAGGAGAUGGAGGUCAUGCAUCAUAUUAUCACAAAGCCAAUGAGCAGUUGCAAGUUGGUGUGGAGUUUGAAGCAAGUGCCCGUAUGCAAGACACAAGCGUAUCAUUGGGGUACCAGCUGGAUGUCCCCAAUGCCAAUCUGGUCUUUAAAGGUUCAUUAGACAGUAACUGGGUGGUAGGAGCCACUCUUGAAAAGAAGUUACUGCCCCUGCCUCUGUCAUUGGCCCUCUGUGCUUUCCUUAAUCAUAGAAAAAACACCUUCAAGUGCGGUUUCGGCAUCACCCUUGGUUAAACCUGCCCUAGCAGGGGUUAUUGCUGCAGUUUACAGACCAGUGAUGUCACUGGUCACAUGGUAAAGACUUGAACAUACUUGCAUAUUCAUCAGUAUCUGCUGCUUAUAAGGCAAAAUGAAGAUGAACGAGAGAAAUCUUUGUUUUUUGUUUUGUGUGUUUGAGCCUGGUUAUUCUUGUCAUUUAAACAUAAAUAAAUUAUUCCAGUGAAUAAGGUAUAAAUCAAUGAUAAACAAAUGCAAUAGAACUAAAAUGUAUCAUGACUCUAUAUUGCUUUGUUUUUUAUGAUUAAAUGUCUUUUAUAAAUUAUUUUCUGUUUUUGAAAAUAUUAUUCUUUAUCUGGGUUUUGGGUUAGUUUAGUUUUGACUAGGCAAUAUUCAGGGUUAUUUUUUCAUUUUCAAUCAUUUGAAAUGCUUUGCUGGAGUAUCUCUAUAAUUGUAUGGGUACAUAUACAAAUAAAUUGCCUCUAUUAGAUUGUU